UAUCAUUUGUCCUCUAAAUUUCUCUUUUCUUCUGUUCUGUCCUGUUCUUUCUUCACUUCCCUCUCUCUCUCUCUCCAAGCUAAAAAGCACCUCACGAGACCUCACUAGAAAGAUCUUCCUCUUAUUCUCUUCUCUCUCUUUCCAGUCGACAUUGCAAAGCAGAUGCAGAUUCAUUGAACCCCUGUGUUCUCGGCAAAACGAUUGCAGGAUAUGAAAGGAAUCGAUCUCUUCUGUUCCUCUCCAGCUUCAACCGCCAUAUGUGCAAGCAUGGAUCAACGGUCCAUGGUUCGUCAUGGAGGUCGAGCCAUCGAUCGCCACAAUCCUCAUCUUAUAGACGGAAGAAGAAGCACAAGCCUCCUUCCCUAUUCAUCUCAGACCCAGCCACCCUCGAAGCCUAAACCUUACCUUCAUCAAAAGAGUAGGAAGAGUUCUGCUACGCCCACUGAUCUCAACACCCCUCAGGGUUCCUCCAGAUAUCUCUUGAGUCAUGACUCCUCCGCUUUCUUCGACGUCUUGUCGGAUUUCGAUCCGCCCAGGGAAUUGGUUCUAGUCCAACGACCAAGCAAGACUCAGGCUGUAAACACUGAUCAGCCUCCUGCUUUCAAACAAUCUUCUUCAAUUGGCUCUCAUAACCAGGUUGUGGUUUUGAGGGUGUCAUUGCACUGCAAGGGCUGUGAAGGGAAAGUGAGAAAACACAUCUCCAAAAUGGAAGGGGUGACAUCAUUCAACAUAGAUUUCGCGGCGAAGAAGGUGACUGUGGUCGGGGAUGUGACGCCGUUGGGAGUGCUCGCCAGUGUCUCGAGGGUGAAGAAGGCACAACUGUGGCCGUCGUCUUCGUCGCUUGGCCCGAGUUAUUGUGAAAAACAGAGGAGGGAAAGCUGAGAAUAUGAAAGUUACAUUGGAGACCGUGUGUCUUUGAAAUCAAAGGAUCAUUAUUUCUUUAAUCUGCUACAAUCUGGUUGUAAUCUAAUAUUGUCGUUGUCGUGGUCGUGGUAUCCGGAGCCAAAUUCUUGUCGCUGAAAAGAGAUCUAAGAGUAGUGAGCGGAAGAAGAGUGGGAAAAGAAGAUAGUGAGUUCUCUCAUGCUCUGUUCUCAUGAUUUCUUUUUUCUUGGAAGAAAGAAACAAUUAUGUCUUUUGGGUUUUCUAAACUGUCUAUGUUGUCCUAUUUCCAUGCAAUUUUUUUUCUUACUCUGCUGAUCCAAUUAAUACAAGAGAUGAGAACAUUUUGAUUUUUC